CCUGGGUAGUCACUGUCGAAGAUUUUCUCUCAUUUUCUCACUAUAUGGGUUUCCAACAUUAUUGAAAGAGUUGUUUUUUCAUUUCACUUCCUCAUUAUUGAAAGGAAUUUCAGAUGAACAAGCAAUGAACAAAUCACAAGCAUUCUCGUGGUCGCGUCUCAUCCUCAAUCAACCCAUUAAAAAUCCAACCAAAGCCCCACUCCGCUUCUCCCGGAAAAUCUCCACUUCCCCACACUUUCCCACCUCUCAUGCGCCCAAGCCCUCGUUUUCGUUUUCUGGGAAGACCCAUUAUUCCACAGUAUCAUCCAGAGCGGCCCAAGACCUUCUUGCCGAGGUAGAGAGAGAAAAGCAGAGAGAAAGAGAGCAGCGGAAAAGGGCUGGUCUGGACACCAAAGACAUUGAUCAAGAAGAUGAGGAGGACUACUUGGGUGUUAUACCAUUGAUUGAGAAGCUCGAUAAGGAGAAGCUCAAGGGAGAUACUGGGGACUUGAACUUGUAUGAGGAGCCUACUGAUUCUGAUAGCGACGAAGACGACGAAAGGUUCACGCCCGAUGCCGUCAAGAAGAGGUUUGAUGAGUUUCAGAAGAAGUUUACGCGCCACGAGGAGUUGCUCAAGAACUUCACCGAGGCUGGAACACUUGAUGAUGCUUUUAAAUGGAUGAAUAAAAUUGACAAGUUCGAACAAAAACAUUUCCGGCUUCGCCCUGAAUAUAGGGUCAUCGGUGAGUUGAUUAACCGUCUCAAAGUAGCUGAGGGCAAGGAUAAAUUCAUUCUCCAGCAGAAACUAAACAGGGCUAUGAGAUUGGUGCAGUGGAAGGAAGCCUAUGAUCCAAACAAUCCUGCCAAUUAUGGACUCAUUCAGCAUGAACAAGUGGAGUCCUCAGUUGAUCUCUUGGAACAUGCUGGAUUUGAAAAAGAAAAGCAAAUUAUACAAGGAGUUGAUGAUGAUGACGAUGAAGAGUUCAAUGACAUGAAGGAGAAAGAUGACAUACUGUUAGAGAAACUUAACACGAUUGACAAGAAACUUGAAGAGAAGCUAGCAGAGUUAGAUCAUACAUUUGGGAAGAAGGGUAAGGUUCUAGAGGAAGAGAUCAGAGAUCUAGCAGAGGAAAGAAAUGAUUUGACAGAGAAGAAGAGAAGACCCCUCUACAGGAAAGGCUUUGAUGUUAAAAUAAUCAAUGUGAACCGAACUUGUAAAGUUACAAAGGGGGGGCAAGUGGUCAAGUACAGUGCCAUAUUAGCUUGUGGGAACUAUCAUGGUGUUGUUGGUUAUGCUAAAGCAAAAGGCCCAGCAGUCCCUAUUGCUCUUCAGAAGGCGUAUGAGAAAUGCUUUCAGAAUCUACACUACGUAGAACGACAUGAGGAGCAUACAAUUGCACAUGCAAUACAAACAACUUAUAAAAAAACAAAGGUGUAUCUCUGGCCUGCAUCCACUAGGACGGGUAUGAAAGCGGGAAGAACUGUCCAAACCAUUCUAAACUUAGCUGGUUUCAAAAAUGUCAAGUCUAAGGUUGUAGGUUCAAGGAAUCCUCAUAACACAGUUAAGGCUCUCUUCAAAUCCCUUAAUGCGAUUGAAACUCCAAAGGAUGUUCAAGAGAAGUUUGGCCGCACUGUUGUUGAGAAGUACCUGCUGUGAUAGAUGUGUUUAAUCUUGCUUGUUUGCAGAAUUCUUUAAGUCCUGUUAUGUUGGUCUGAAAUAAGCUUGUAUUCACUUAUUAGAUAAUGUGAUAAAAAUGAAAAGUUAUUUAUAUGUUAGUUCUGUACUUGGUUACCCUGGUUGGGAGGGUAGAUGUGAGGAGGAAAAGCAAGUGCUGCGUAAGUCGAAAACGCAAGGUAAAGGACCAAUUCUUUUCUACCAUAAUUUUUCAUUCAAGAGAUUUGUAAUUCAAUUUGUUCCCCCUCAUUCUGCCUAGCACUUGCCACUCUUUUUUAUUUUUAUUUUUUUAUAACAAUUUUUUUGAAA